UCUGAAGCAAAUGGCAGCUUUGCUAUCCACCUGUUAAAGAUACUAUGUCAAGACAACCCUUCGCAUAACGUGUUUUAUUCUCCUGUGAGCAUCUCGUCUGCCCUGGCCAUGGUCCUCCUGGGAGCAAAGGGAAACACUGCAGCCCAGAUGGCCCAGGCGCUUUCUUUAAACACAGAGAAAGACAUUCAUCGGAGUUUCCAGUCACUCCUCUCUGAAGUGAACAAACCCGGCACGCAGUACUUACUGAGAAUAGCCAACAGGCUCUUUGGAGAGAAAACUUGCAAAUUCCUCUCGACGUUCCAGGAGUCCUGUCUUCAGUUCUACCAGGCCGAGUUAGAACAGCUUUCCUUUAGGGAAGCUGCAGAGGAGUCCAGGAAACAUAUAAACACUUGGGUCUCCAAAAAGACUGAAGGUAAAAUUCAAGACCUGUUGCCGGUCAGUGCAAUUAACACAGAGACGAGGCUAGUUCUUGUCAACGCCAUCUACUUCAAAGGAAGGUGGAAUGAAGAAUUUGACAAAACAUACACGAGGGAAAUGCCUUUCAAAAUAAAUCAGAAGGAGCAAAGGCCCGUGCAGAUGAUGUUUCAGGAAGGGACCUUCAACAUGGCGUGUGUCAGCGAGGUGCGGGCGCAGCUGCUGGAGCUGCCGUAUGCGGGGCAGGAGCUGAGCAUGCUGGUUCUGCUGCCCGACGACGGCGUGGAUCUCAGCUCGGUGGAAGAAAGCCUCACUUUUGAGAAACUGAUGGCCUGGACCAAGCCAGAGUGUAUGAAGAGUACCGACGUUGAAGUUUUCCUCCCAAGAUUUAAGCUGCAAGAGAAUUACGACAUGGAAUCUGUGCUUCGGCAUUUGGGAAUGGUCGAUGCCUUGGUCCAGGGCAAGGCUGACUUGUCGGCAAUGGCAGCUGAGACCGAUCUGUGUCUGUCCAAGUUUGUGCACAAGAGUUUCGUGGAGGUGAACGAGGAAGGCACGGAGGCGGCGGCGGCUUCGGCCAUUGUGGUGGUGGAAUGUUGUCUGGUCUCUGGACCUCGCUUCUGUGCCGACCACCCCUUCCUCUUCUUCAUCAGGCACAACAGAACCAACACCCUUCUGUUCUGUGGCAGGUUCUCGUCCCCGUAGGGGCGUGCUUACUGCGCGUGGAAGCGUUUCCCUCUUUCUGUGUCCCAGAUCCUUGUCUAUAGCUCGGCGAGGAUCUGGAAAGCCAAGUGCAAAGAGGAGGGUGGAUGUUUCAUUUGUCUGAACGGUUUUCCAGCCUAAUGUCGUGAUGCUGCAUACUCUGCUGUCCCCGUGCUGACCACUCAUUUCUGCUCCUUACUCAAGGUCCUAGGACAACAGAUGCUGUUGUAUUUGAGAUGCACUUCAAACCCCAUAGGAGUUUUGGAGUACACUGAGUUUAGGUGCACAGUUUUCCUAGGUGGUCCCUAAUGUAUUUCCCACUCAUUCCACAUGCAAAUCCUACCCGUGACACUGUGCUUUCCAGGUGCCUCAAAUCUUGUCACAUACCUCCCUCAGCCUCACCGAGUAGUCAUAAGUGCUGCUAGAUAUCACUGCUAUUUUAUAUGACUAGUUUCCUGGCACUUGGAUGUUUUACAAAAGUUUCUUUAAUGCAUAUUUUUAUUUUUAACUUGCCGGCGUAUGCGCGUGCUCGCUGGGCAGAGACAGAGAGAGAAAGAGAGAGAGAGGGCAGUGAGAAACCACCUCUGUGGGGAGCGGUCAUGCCACAGUCCCUUCUCCUCGAGCCUUUUGGUCUGGGACUCAGUCAUGCGGUGGGCCAUAUGGGGUCCAGCCGUGUUAAUCACCACACCGUGGGCUGGCCCUGUUUUUAUCUUUGACAAUUACCAGUCACUGAGUAUAUGCCAGAUACUGCGUGAGGUAUCGAGGACACAGGGGACAGGGUCAUGGUCCUCUGACACCCAGUUUUUAUCUGUGCCCAAUUUAUAUAGCCCUUAUGACAACCAGGUUACAGCGUUUCGUGUCUGAACUUAACAUGUGACCUUCUUGUGGGGAUGACGCUUUUCUUCACAAUACUGUAUUUCUCCACCUCCAACAGUAAAAACUUUAUUCAACCCUUAAAGCGCAUUUCAAAUGCCAUCUUCUUCAAGACAGUUUUCUC